AUGCCACUGAUUCUGAGCCAUAUCGGACCAAACAUUGCUGCAGUUGAGGUCAAAGGCCAAAUCUGCAAUGCAACACGAGACAACGAGAAACACCCGGACAAGACGCAAAGGGCUGAGGGAGCCGAUUGGUUCAGCAAGAGGGACACGCAUGACGAGAACAGGUCGAGACAAAAAGGGCACCAAACCAAACAGCAGGUGAACUCCUCCCGUCUCCACCGGGAUUGCGGCCACAUCCCCGGCGGGACGAGCUCCGUUCCUGUCGCAGUCGCUGCCGCAGUCGGCUGGUGGGCCGGCGCCUUCCUAUUCGCCGGAGGAUGCGUGUUCACCUGCUGCAACGUGCGGUCGGAAGGCAAAAGCGCGAGGGGCUACGUCUACUCCGGGAACUCGGACUACAUGGCGUACCCUCCGCAGCCCGUCCGGCCUCUGCAGCCUCAGCAACUGGUGCUGCUCCCUCAGGCCCAGGCUCAGCCCGUCCUGUCCAGACACCCCUCCGCCCAGGCCCAACCCGUCCUGUCCAGACACCCCUCCGCCCGGGCCCAGCCCGUCCUGUCUAGACACCCCUCCACCAUCUACAGCUACCAGUCCAGCCAACCGUCCAGGUACCCGUCUGUACGCAGCGGGGUGGCGUAUCUCUGAACGCUAACUGAAGCAACCGUGUCGUACAUUUCAUGUCGAGGAACGCAUUUCAGUGAGUAGAUUAUCACAUUCGUUUUAUUUUUUUUUUCAAUAGGAGAGUAUUUUAUGUGUCGUUCAUUUUUAAAUGAUUACUUCCCGGGUGUCAAACUCAAGGCUCAGGGGCCAGAUCAUGCCCAGCCUGUCAUUUUAUGCGGCCCAUAAAGGCAAAUAAAGCGUGUCUACUUCGUAUUUGUGGGAGAAUGGAUUCGUUGUUUUCACCGUGGCUGAACAUUUGCGUACCCAAACACACUUGAAUUGGUUUUCUUAACAAAAACUGGACAAUACUAAUUUGUUGUGAGCAAAAACAUAAAACUACGAUCAAAGCAGGGGCAAUUGUUUUCACAUACUAAUAUGCCUUCAAUCUGGCCCAUGCGGAAAAUGAGUCUAACACCCUUGCCGAGCUUCUAUACACUCAAAACAACAUCUACCUGUACGCAUUCCAAUGGCAGACAACACAAAGACUGCGCCUGAGAAGUGUUUCUGGUCGCUGCUCUCUCUCCGAGGACUUUUCCUUCACCUUUUGACAUCAUUUCAUCGCGUGUGAAUUUCACUACCUGCUGUACAUGCAUAAACACACCUUGUUCUAAAAUAAAGACAUAAGUGGUUC